AUGAUGCCGGCGAGCAGCUCGCGACCGAAGCGGAAGAGUAGGGGUGAUGCGUAUCUAGAGGAUAAUGGAAUCGGAAUGGGAGGAGGGAAUGGCAGGAAGGAGAAGGAGAAUAGUGCGCCGGCAGUGAAAAAGCGACGCGAAGAGGAUAAGCAGAGUUCAAAGUCUACUGCUACUGCUGUAACGACAGCGACGAGUGCAUCCAUGACGGGGAGUACUGCUACUGCUACAAAACCAAAAGUGGGUUCUCUUCUUUUUUUAUGUACAAUUCAUUCAUUGUUCUAUAGUCUCCUUUGGCAAUCGGCGGAGGGAGGAGAAGGGGAAUUGCAGCUACUAGGAGCCGUUGUGAUUUAUUCCUUUGUUUUUAGGACUGAUUGGGAGAGGGCGGAAUUGUUAUCGCGAGUGUGGGCUGAUUGCACUUUACAGAAAAAAAAAAAGACAGCUGCGACUGAGAUGAGGUUAGAUGAUGGGUUUGCUUAUCGCGUGCGCACAACACGAUCGAGCACAGCGGCGGCAGCAGCAGCGGCGCAGGAGUCAAUUCAGAGCAUAGCUUCCUCAUCACAUGACACUGCACCAAUAGCUCCUCCUCCAGAUCCUCCGCGUCAGCGUGUAAAGAAAAAGCGCGUGAUGGUAUCGCCUCCACCCGAGGAGGCGGGAUCCAAGCCAAAGGUCGCAAAAGCCAACAAAGGCAAGACAAUUCCACUUAGUCAGAACGGUACAAGGGAAGUGGAGGAGGAGGUGGGGAAGGAGGAGGAGCAGGAGGGGCAGGAGCAGGAGGAGGAGGACAAGAAGAAGGAGAAAGGGGCAGCUCCCAAGGCAUCCGGGGCAUCAAAAGAAAAAAAGGCUGCACCUGGGGAAAGACGGCCCAAAAUUACAGCGUCCUCGACACCUCGGUUACAAAAAUCGCAAAUUCCGACCGCGGUUGGUGGAGGCCAUGGCCCUAGUGAUGGGACGAAAGUAGUACUGCCCGUAUCCGAUACCCCAAUAAUACGGAGGAACCAGCAACUGCGGCAGAAAGGACAAGGUAAUCGGCGGAGUAGCGUUGGAAUGCGAGGAAGGAGAGCAAGCUCUUUAAUGGACAACGGGGUAGUUGGUAUGACAGCAAGGAUAAUCUUUCCAAGUUUGGCUCCGCAUGCUGAGGUGGAAACUGAAGAGUUCUACAAACACAUCGCGGAUGAAUUAUUGGAGCCCCAGCGAAUGAAGCAACUACUGUCAUGGUGCGGUAAAAGGGCGUUAAGUCACCAGACCUCACCAGCCGCUGCCGGAGUAGACGGGAAUGCCCGAGCUGUAGCACGGAUAAUCGAGGAGGAGGUCUUGAAAGACCUUUUAUCGAACGCCGAGCUAUCGAGCUGGUUCAAUAGGGACGAUUCCCAGGCCCCUCCUGAGGUGAAAAAACCGAAUCCCCGCAAUUUGGAUAAUCUCGCCAAGGUGGAAGAAUGCGAAGCCAAUCUCAAAAAACUCCGUGAAGAGAGGGAGACGUGGGGUUCGCUUCUCCGACCGGAGACACAGUCGACGCUAUCGAUCUCCGGGGGUAAGUCGGAGGUGGGGCUUUUCGAGAAGUCACUGCUAAGGCCAGAGGAGUCGGAGUUUGCAAACUCGCUUGCGAAAUCGCAGGAUUUACUGGGAUUAGCGAAACGGCUAGUCAAGCAGCAGUGUGGUGAGAUCGAGUUCCAGGUCGAUCAGCUAAUCGAUGGGAUCCACAAACUCAAUCAGUACGGUGAAGCGGCGGAUCGGUUGGGUGGGCGAAUCUUGGAAGACGCUGAGUCAACGUUAGCGGUCAGGGAAGCAACGCUGCGGCAAGCUUCCGGCACAGAGGCACUUCCAAUACAGGAAGUCCUCAGAUCUCUCUCCCGGAUGGAUCGGUAA